UUCCUUUGCCCGGUUAUGUGUUCACUCGUGACAUCACUGAGCAACAAAAAGACGCCUGAGCAGAGAAAGAGAGCAGGACUUCAAUGAACUUGGCUGUUGCGCAUUAAACUCCGGGGUUCUCUUUGUGUGCGUGUGUGCGUGUGCGCCUCUCACUCUCUUUUUUCCAGCCUAAAAUGCUUUAAACCUCAUUAGUAGAAUAGACACCACCACUAAGACGUCUGAAUGAGUCCAACACGCGUGUUUUGAAGCUGAAAACAUGUUGCACGAAAAGGCGCUCGGUGUUUUGGGACCUUUCUGGUUUCUGCAGAACAGCUGUGCGGCGGUGGCGCGCUCUAAAAUGAAAAACACUUUGUGAAAGAAAACUUACAAUAACAGACUUUAAAGUUUUAAGGGAGAAAUAGAAAAAAAGAGAGAAAAAACUGCGCGCUUGGAGUUUCGGCAAGCUUUCAGAGCUCAUCAGAUGCGUGUCUGGAAAGGACCGGGACGCAGUAGUGGGCUGCGCACUGGCUUUAGCUGGACUUCACUUGGACACAGCACCUCGCAGAGAAGGUCGCCACUUCCUUCCCAUGUCUUAUUUGAGACACUUUUUGCGGAUACUUGCUCUGACUCGUUAAGGAUGUUUCUUUGGAGACGCUGAUAAGGUGAUCUGUGAGUGUUUUCCUUGGUUCUUGCUGCGCGUUUCUAUUAUUAAAGAAAGAAGUUUCUACCAUGACAGGCUCACAGUUGACAUCCCUUUUAUGCGAUGUAUUUACAUUAGUUCAGUAAGUGAUUAAUGAACAAUCUACUCGAUUUAAAUUAAUAGAUUCUAAAAAGAUUGAUAAUAAAAGCGAUGGCCAACUCGAACCGGAGCCGUGAAAGUGUGUGGCGGCUAGUGGCAGUCUGAUCUCGCCGUCUUCUGCGCCUCGUAUCUCCGCCUCGCUGUGAUCAUGGUGCCGGUGUUCGCUUUGCUCAUCGCUCAACUCUUCUUCGGAGGCUGCACGGCUCUCCUGCCGGAGAUCGGGCGCCGAAAGAACCUCCUCUCCCAGGACGCGCUGGACGCUUUCGAGCUUCGCCUGCUCACCAUGUUCGGACUGAAGCAGAGACCGAGUCCGAGCAGGUCAGCAGUGGUCCCGCAGUACAUGCUGGAUCUGUUCACUACUUAUUCAGCCAACGGCGCCGAGCAAAAGCACCACAAAGCGAAGAGCACAGUGGGCAGAAGCGUGGACAGGUCCGCCAGUCGGGCGAACACAGUACGCAGCUUCCAUCAUGAUGAAUCUACAGAGGAGCUGUCACGUCACAGUGGAAAGACGACUCAAAGGUUCCUCUUUAAUCUGAGCUCCAUCCCAGGAGAGGAGUUUCUCACAUCAGCUGAGCUGAGGAUUUACAGGGAGCAGGUGAUGAUGAACAGUAGCAGCAACAGCAGUGCAGGGUUCCAUCGCAUUAACAUCCAUGAGAUCAUCAAGCCUGCACUUCCUUUUACAGAGCCCAUCACCAGACUUCUAGACACCCGACUGGUUCAGCACAGUCUGAGCAAGUGGGAGAGCUUUGAUGUGAGUCCCGCUGUCUUGCGGUGGACCGCCGAGGGUCACACCAACCACGGCUUUGUGGUGGAGGUGGUUCACCCAGGCAAUGCAGGGGGAGACUAUAAGAGACAUGUCAGAGUCAGCAGGUCACUGCAUGACAGCACAGACUCGUGGCCUCAGAUGAGGCCGUUGCUGGUGACAUUCAGCCACGAUGGCAAAGGACACGUGCUCCACUCUCGCGAGAAACGCCAAGUGCGAGUCAACAAGCCAAAGAAGAAACACAAAGCCAACUGCAGGAGGCACUCGCUCUAUGUAGACUUCAGCGAUGUGGGCUGGAAUGACUGGAUAGUGGCACCACCAGGCUACCAUGCCUUUUACUGCCAAGGAGAGUGUCCUUUCCCUCUAGCAGAUCACCUAAACUCCACUAACCAUGCCAUUGUACAGACACUGGUCAACUCGGUGAAUAGUAACAUUCCCAAGGCCUGCUGUGUGCCUACAGACCUGAGCCCCAUUUCCCUGCUCUAUUUAGAUGAAUAUGAGCGAGUCAUCCUGAAAAACUACCAGGACAUGGUAGUGGAAGGCUGUGGGUGCCGCUGAAGCACACGGACACUACAGCACACUUUUGCAAAGACACUUUAUUUCCCAAUACUACCCUUUAUUUAUGCUAAGUAAAGUUUUUUUUUAAGGAUUAAAAACACAUAUUUUGAAAUAAAUAUAUAUAAAUCUAUAUUUAUGUCCACUAAUGGGAAAAUAAAUAUUUUAAUUGGAGUUCAACUUUUAUGAUGUACAUUUCAAUUAGUUUAAAUUCAAUUUACACACAUGAAGUAUAGUGGUCAGAUUUUGUAUUUAUUUCUAUUGUAACCACUUUUAGUGAAUAGUUUAUAUCUAUUUAUGUAUAAUCAGGAAGAAAAAAAAAAUAGCUAGAUUCGUAAAAUAGUAAAACACUUUAGAUGGGUUUAUGUGUCUCCUUUAAUUGCUCGACUGGAAAUACAAGUCUUGGGCUACUCUGUGCAGAGCUGCUAAAGUCCUAAAGGGUUAAAGAUGUGUUGCAAUUUCAGUUCCAUCCAUACUAUAGUGUCAAAUGGAGUACUAAAUAUAUUUAACUGAACAAAACAAUAUAAAGCAUUGGGCUUUUUGUAAGUAAUGAGCAGUGGUGAAUGUGAAUGCACUUAUCUAGAAGCAAUGUGACAGGUAGUUCACACUGAAUCCUCAGGAACGUUGUUGGUAUGCAUGUGAGUCACACUAUGAGUCUAUGAAAUUUACCUACAGUAUAGCCUUAAACACAAUUGCUAUCUAUGUUCUUCUUUUCCUGAUGCUUUAGUUCUUUUGAGGUUUUUUCAUUAACCUUUUAAUACCUUGUCAAGUCUCCUUAACUGAAUAUGUGUUGUUCAUGGGAUGGCAUGAUACUUAUUUGAAUGCCUCAAGAACGCUGUACUCAUACAAAAGGGGGGUGCUGUUGAAGAAGUCAGAUUCUUUGUCAUUUACAUGUCCGAAAAGAUUACACAAUGCAACCCCAUGCUGCUAGACAAAAGAUAUGCUAGACUAUUAACCCUUGGUGAUUUAUUUUCGGGGGUGGGGGGCUUUAUAUGUUCAUGAAAUUGGCCAAACCUCCCAGUGUUCACUUACUUGAUCUCAAAUGUCAAGGAUGUAUAAGAAAAAAAUAAUAAACAGCUCUUGUCUAGGA